UAAAAGCGAGUUAAUAAUAUUAAAUAAACAUAGUACUUUUUAACUAGUGGGUCGUACUUGGUUAUUAUUAGUUAAUACCCAGCACAAGUCUUACUAGUUGUACCUAUCAAAAUGUUGGAUUACCAUAAAAAAAUGUCCAUUUAUUUUGUUUUAUUGCUAUGUUUAAUAUCGCGUUCCACUGGAGUAGAUGUUGAGGAUCUCGAGAUCGAGGAAGCAGAAUAUUCAAAUUCAUGUUCUGGCGAAUUGGGAUGCAUGAACGUUACUGUCAAACCUGUCAGUUUAUUCGAUCAUAUACAAGGCUUCCACCUUUAUACCCGGACCAAUCCGAAAAAGAGCGAGAAACUGGAAUCUAAAAAAUCCGUAAAAAAUUCGAAAUAUUUUGAUCCAAAAAAACCUACUAAGUUCAUCGUCCACGGUUACCUUGCCAAGGGGUUGAUAAGUUGGCCCGAAUGGAUGCAGGAAAUGAAAAAUGAACUGUUAACUAAUUCCGACUGGAAUGUCAUAUUAGUAGGAUGGUAUUGUAGGACGACAUACGGUAUAUCGGCAAUGAGAACCCGAACGGUGGGAAAGACAAUCGGCAAGUUCAUCAACUAUUUAAAAGAUCGAGGCCAAGAUCUGAAUGAUGUCCAUUUGAUAGGACAUAGUUUAGGAGCACAUAUAGUCGGUUUUGCUGGUAAACGUUUGAACGGUCGUCUAGGCCGCAUCACAGGGCUUGAUCCGGCCGGUCCGUUAUUCGAGUUAAAUUUCCCUAAAUACAGGCUCCAUCAUACGGACGCACAAUUCGUAGACAGCAUACACACGGGUUUGCCAGCCUUCUUAAAGCCUGGAUUUGGUAUGGCCCGUACGUGUGGUCACGUUGAUUUUUAUCCGAACGGCGGCAACAAUCAACCGGGAUGUAAAUCUCUUGGACUGUCCACAAUGGGAAGCGGAAUGGAGUGGUUACUAGCGUGUAACCAUCAUAGAGCCAUCUAUUAUUUCAUUGAAUCUAUUAACUCCAAGGAUUGCUCGUUCGAUGCACACCAAUGUGAUUCAUAUAAAAAUUUCCAAAAAGGUAAAUGUUUUAAUAACCAAACAGAAAUUAGCACAAUGGGCUUGAAUGCGCAAAAACCUAGUCAUUCCCCCGGUUCAAAGUCCUUCUUAAUGACAGGAAAAUCCAAGCCAUUUUGCAGGCCGCAAUAUAAAGUCACGUUACAUAGAGUCAAUAUCUUAGGACAUAUCCCAAACAACAAUGAUUUGAUUAACACAAUGGAAGACGAAACAAGUCCCAGUCUUGUGGUCGUCCAACCAAUUGAUACAGAAGAAGAUGAUGCUAUGGAGUCCGACUGGGAAGGCGACAUAAGCGGUGUUGACGAUAUAUACUAUGGUGGAAGUGACAUAACCGAAACCAUAUAAUUGUUCUAUAUAAUUAAAAAAAAAUGUCUUUUAGUAAUUACUAGUAAAAACAUUAUAACUAUAGUAGUAGUGGUGUACUAUAAGUAUAGUAGUGUUUAAUAAAGUCGAUAGUAAACUAUU